UUGCAGUUCAGAUAAGAGGUAGUAAUGUCUUUCUUGGUGCUUUGCAGGAUCGCCGUCAGUGACACCGGGAUAAACAUCCAUCUCCUUAACUGCAAUGAUGAACAAUACAAACUCAUUUAGCUCAGAUGCAAAAGCCAGCUGAAUGUACCCUAUCAGUUUGGCUAAUUUAACUAUUUUAACUAAGAAACCAGUAUGUAAGUUGUCUUUUGAAGACUAACUAUCAGAUUAUGUUCGUACGUUUACAAAACCCGGUUAAAGUUAGUUAAAAAAAUAGGAAAAGUUCGUGUUUUGUAUUAGCCAUCGAUGUAGCUUCCAUUCACAUUUAGAACAGGACCCCAAUAGCUCUCUGUCAAGAUGCCUGUCUGUAAAGAUGCGUGCAGUAGCUUGAUGUGUCCACCAGGUGGGGCAUUGUAUCACAGAAGGGACGCUCGUGAGGACCGUCACCUACAAGAAUGGACAUUUCUGACGAUUCAACCAUGUGGCUGGUUUGAAAGGCAAACAGCCAGAAAACCGUCCAGCUGCACACACUGUGACUACUGUGCUCAACCAGAGACUGUAAGGUGUUCAAUCACAGACUGUAAAGUGUUUAACGACAGACUAUCCAACCUGCUCUGCUCACUGACUGACUGGCUGCUGCAUGCGCGCCUGGGUUGCGCGCUACUGGUGGGCUGUGCGCCGUCACGCGCCAAAGGUGCCAUGAAAUGAAGAAAACUCACUUGCAGAGGUGAAGAGCAGUAUUUAUAAGAGCGCGUAUGGGAACAUAGGGAAAAUUGGACUAUUAGACCACUCGACUGAAAAUGGCCAGAAACACAUCUCUCUAUUUUAGAAUUGUCGAGGGCAGGAACCUCCCGGCCAAAGACGUCUCCGGAACCAGUGAUCCAUAUUGCAUUGUUAAAGUUGACAAUGAAGUUGUGGCCAGGACCGCCACAGUGUGGAAGAACCUCAGUCCUUUCUGGGGGGAAGAGUACACACUGCACCUCCCAAUGGGCUUCCACUCGCUCUCCUUUCAUGUCAUGGACGAGGACACGAUUGGCCAUGAUGAUGUUAUUGGAAAAAUAACGCUGAGCAAAGAGGCCAUUGGAUCUCAACCUAAAGGACUAGAUUGCUGGCUGAACCUGACGAGGGUGGACCCUGAUGAAGAAGUCCAGGGAGAGAUCCAUCUGAGUCUGGAGCUCCUGAAAGAUACGGAGAAGAUCAGCCUGCGAUGUCAAGUCAUUGAAGCCCGAGACUUGGCUCCGAGAGACAUUUCUGGAACCUCAGAUCCAUUUACAAGACUUAUUUUCAACAACCACAGUGCAGAGACCUCGAUUAUCAAGAAGACCCGUUUCCCUCACUGGGGAGAGACCCUGGAGCUGGAGUUGGAUCCAGAGGAGCUGAGGGAGGAGGGGACGGUCACUGUGGAGGUCUGGGACUGGGACAUGGUGGGCAAGAAUGACUUCCUGGGAAAGGUGGAAAUCCCUUUUGCUUGUUUGCACAAAACACCUCCAUUAGAGGGCUGGUUUCGAUUGCUUCCCUUGGGAAAUGAUGAGGUUGAUGCUGGUGGCAAGCUGGGAGCGCUGCGUCUGAAGGUUCGUUUGGUGGAGGAUCGGAUCCUGCCGUCUGUGUACUAUCAGCCCCUCAUUCACCUUCUGGUGGAGUCAGUCAUCUCCCCUACAGAGGUGGAGGAUAGCAGCGCUCUGACCAUGCUGGAGGAGGUGAACACGGUGGAGAGCCGUCAGGAUGUGGCAAUGACUCUGGUGAAGAUCUACCUGGGCCAGGGUCUGGUGGUGCCGUUCCUGGAUUACCUUAACACCCGGGAGGUCAACAACACCAGUGAUCCAAACACUUUAUUUCGCUCCAACUCACUUUCCUCCAAAGCCAUGGAACAGUUCAUGAAGGCUGUUGGCAUGCUGUAUCUGCACGAGGUGCUGAAGCCCAUCAUUAACCGCAUCUUUGAUGAGAAGAAGUACAUCGAGCUGGACCCAUGUAAGAUCGACCUGAACCGCACAAGACGGAUUUCAUUUAAGGGUGCAGUUUCAGAGGCAGAGGUGCGGGACAGCAGUGUGGAGAUGCUUCAGAGCUACUUAACCAGCAUCAUUGAAUCAAUCGUGGGCUCAGUCGAUCAGUGUCCUCCUGUGAUGAGAGUGGCCUUCAAACAGCUACACAAGAGAGUGGAGGAGCAAUUUGCUGAACCUGAGAACGAGGAUGUGAAGUAUCUGGCCAUCAGUGGGUUCUUUUUCCUGCGAUUCUUUGCUCCUGCAAUCCUCACACCUAAACUGUUCCAGCUGAGGGAUCAGCACGCUGAUACGCGUACAAGCAGAACGCUGCUUCUGCUGGCCAAGGCAUUGCAAAGUGUCGGGAACAUGGGCCUUCAGCUGGGUCACGGAAAAGAGCAGUGGAUGGCGCCUCUUCAUCCCAUAAUCCUCCGCAGUGUGGCCUCCGUCAAAGACUUCCUGGACAAGUUGAUCGACAUAGAUCAUGACAUCGUGUCUGAGGUGCCACAGAGGGCUGUAUUCAUGCCCUCGGUCACAGUUAAAGAGGGGUACCUCCACAAACACAAGGCAGAGGGACCCCAACUGCUGUCCCGCUUUGCUUUUAAGAAACGUUACUUCUGGUUAACCAGUGAGACGCUGUCCUACGCCAAGACGCCUGAUUGGCAGGUGCGCUCUUCAAUCCCUAUUCAGUGCGUGUGUGCUGUGGAGAGGGUGGACGAAAAUGCCUUUCAGCAGCAGAAUGUAAUGCAGGUCAUCACCCAGGACAACGAGGGACAGCUGCACACCAUGUACAUCCAGUGCAAGAAUGUGAAUGAGCUGAACCAGUGGCUGUCGGCAAUCAGGAAAGUUAGCAUCUACAAUGAGCGCAUGCUGCCCUCUUUCCACCCGGGGGCUCAUCGCAGUGGCAAGUGGACCUGCUGCCUGCAGGCGGACCGUGCUGUUACAGGCUGCAGUAAAACCCACUCAGCUGUGACUCUGGGGGACUGGAGUGACCCGCUGGAUCCAGACGUAGAGACGCAGACCAUAUACAAGCAGCUGCUACAGGGCAGAGACAAACUCAGGAAAAAAUAUUUGGAGUUGCCAGACUCUGAUCAGACGUCCAGCAGUAAAGAAAACAUCAACCCUGACAUUCACCCAGAUGGUGCUGAAUGCAACGUGCAGCUGAUGAAGCCAGGUCAGAGCGUCGCUGCUCGGCUGUUGGCGGUGAUCGACGAUCUGGAGCAGGCUCACGCCACCUUCCAGCGCAGAGAAACAGAGGACGGCACAAGUGUCAUUCUGAAUCCCUAGACUCAAAACAGACUGGGAUCCACUACUAAUCUUUGAAACGGGGGUGUCAUGCAUCCUGUAAAAACACCUUUGAGCAUCAGAUAUUCCCCCUUGUUUGUCAGGGAGUAAAAGUGGCCAGAAAGGUGCAACCUCUUCCAGAUUUUUAGUACAUUUCCUGCUGCUAAUAGCAGAGUGAAAUCAGCCACUUUUAAUCUAUUUUCUAUUCUCUGAGUGCCACCAACUAUAACUGCGCCGGGGAGAGAUUAUAAUACUUGACA